AUGUCGCUCCCCACCACCAUGAAGGCCGUGCUCGUCGAGCAGACCGGCGGCCCUGAGGUGCUGCAGUUCAAGACGGACUACCCCGUCCCAACCCCCGCCGAGGGCCAGCUGCUGGUCAAGAACAACAUCUGCGGCAUCAACUACAUCGACACCUACUUCCGUACAGGCCUGUACCCGUCCCCCAAGCCUGAGAUUCUCGGUCGCGAGGCCGCAGGCACCGUCGCCGCCGUGGGGCCGGGCCCCAACCCGGCCAACUUCCAGGUGGGCGACCGCGUCGCCUGGCUCGCAACAGGCGGGUAUGCUGAGUACUCGGCCGUAUCUGUUGGCAAGGCCGUCAAGAUCCCUGCCGGUGUCUCAGACGAGGACCUGAUGGGUUCCUUUCUCAGCGGAUUGACUGUUCUCACUCUCGCCAAGGAGACGUAUCCCGUGCAAGCGGGCGAAUGGGUGCUUCUGCACGCCGCGGCGGGCGGCGCGGGCUUCCUCAUGACCCAGAUCUUGAAAUCUAUCGGCGCAAAGGUCAUCGGCACUGCGGGCGGUGCCGAGAAGGUUGCCCUCGUCAAGAGUCUGGGCGCAGACGUCGUCAUCGACUACCGCAGCGAAGAGGGCAAGGACUGGGUCAAGAAGGUCAAGGAAGUCACCGGCGGCAGAGGUGUCGAUGUCGUCUACGACUCUGUCGGCAAGGAUACCUGGGAGGGCAGUCUUGAGGCCGUCAAGCGCAAGGGCACUAUCGUCUGGUUUGGAAAUGCAUCGGGCCCUGUUCCUCCUCUGCCAUUGAACAAACUCUCUCCCAAAUGCGUCAAGAUUGCCCGCCCUACGCUGUUCGGCUACAUCGAGACCCGCGAAGAGUUUGAAUUCUACGUCAAUGAGCUCUUUAGACUCCUCCAGUCUGGUCAGCUGAAGGUCAAGAUUCACAAGAUCUAUCCUCUCGAAGAGGUUGCGCAGGCUCACAAGGAUCUCGAGGGUCGCAAGUCUACCGGGAAGCUCUUGUUGCGUGCGUAG